UGUGAAGAGUAAAAGUGAAUUAUUUCUAGAGGAUUUAAGAAUCGUUAGAAAACAUUUAAAAAAUAUGGCUACUUUAAACAAUGUAGAUAAUGUCUUACCCAUUUUACCAGCCAAGUGCACCUGGAAGGUGGGUACAAAGGAAAAAUGCAUACAUAAUACUAGACCGAUGGCUAAACAAGAGAAAACCUAUGCAAAUAUUUUGGAAACUGUGGGCGCCACACCUUUAGUUAAAUUAAAUAAAAUACCACAAUCGGAAGGCAUCAAAUGUGAUAUGUAUGUUAAAUGCGAGUUCUUCAAUCCUGGUGGCUCUGUUAAGGACCGUAUAGGCUUUCGUAUGAUACAAGAUGCUGAAGAUAAGGGCAUAAUCAAACCAGGUUACACAAUAAUUGAACCUACUUCAGGUAAUACUGGCAUUAGUUUGGCUUUAGCUUGUGCCGUAAAAGGUUAUCGCUGCAUUAUUGUUAUGCCUGAUAGAAUGACUGUUGAGAAGGAAUAUAUUGCUCGUGCAAUUGGCGCCGAAAUAGUACGCACACCCUGUGAAUUGCCUUUCGAUUCACCAGAUAGUUUGUUUUAUGUUGCAAAGCGUCUUGAAAAAGAAAUACCCAAUUCCAUUGUUAUGGGUCAAUUUCUUAAUCCCAGUAAUCCUUUGUCACAUUAUGAUGGUACAGCUGAGGAAAUCAUGUGGCAAUUGGACAAUAAAGUUGAUAUGAUCGUUUGCGGACCUGGUACAGGCGGUACUAUUACUGGUAUUGGUCGCAAGAUAAAAGAGCGUUUACCAAAUUGUAAAAUGGUGGGUGUGGAUCCUUACGGUUCACUUAUAGCACGCCCCGAAUCAAUCAAUAAAACGGAUGUAAAAUCAUUUGAAGUCGAAGGAAUUGGUUUCAUAUUCUCUUGUACAGUACUGGAUCAUUCAAUUGUUGAUACUUGGGUGAAAAUUACAGAUAAGGAAACAUAUAAUAUGAGCAGGCGUUUGAUUGCUGAAGAAGGUUUAUUGGUUGGAGGUUCCUGUGGUGCUAUAAUGGCAGGAGCAUUGAAAAAAGCAAAAGAAUUGAAGGAAGGACAACGGUGUGUAGUUAUAAUGCCGGAUGGCAUACGAAACUACUUAACUAAUUUUGUGUCUGAUAAUUGGAUGGAGGCACGUAAUUUUAAGGAAAUUGAAAAUAAAUUCAACUUUUGGUGGUGGGACAUACCAAUUAGUGAAUUAAAAUUGCCCACUUCAUUUAGCGUUAAAUCAAAUAUCAAAUUUGCUGAGGCUAUUGAGACCAUGAAAAAAAACAAUGUCAGAGAAUUGGUAGUAAAUGAUGCAGAAACUGGCGAGUUAAUUGGUGUUGUGGGUCAAGAUGCAUUGAUAACACAAAUUAUAAGCAUGAAUCGUCAGCCAGAUAAGGUAGAAGUGAUAAGAGCUGUAAAUCGUAGAGUAAUUCGUAUAAAUAUGAUGGAAAAAUUGGGCAAAUUAGCACGCGUGGUCGAAACGGAACCGUUUGUUUUGAUUGUAGAGAAAGAGGGUGAUAAAGAUAUUUUCAAAGCGCUCAUUACAAAAAUGGAUGUAAUGUCGUACAUAACAGAUAACAAGGCCACUGGAACAGCGAUAGAAAAUAAUGUAAACAAGGAUCAAACAAUGCCAGCUAAUAAAACUUAUGAAACUCCAAAGGAUUUCGUGGAUCCAGGACUGCCUUCGAAAUGUACAUGGAAGCUGGGAACGACAGAGAAGAGUCCUCACACACAGCGGCCUAUUGCCCAUAGACAAAAAAUAACUCCAGAUAUUUUACAUGUUAUCGGUUGCACACCCCUGGUUAAACUGAACAAUAUACCAAAAUCUGAGGGCAUAAAAUGUGAAAUGUACGCGAAAUGUGAAUUUCUUAAUCCAGGUGGUUCGGUGAAAGACCGUAUUGGUUAUAGAAUGGUUCAAGAUGCUGAAGAAAUGGGUCUACUGAAACCGGGUUGUACCAUUAUUGAGCCUACAUCUGGUAAUACUGGUAUCGGUAUAGCUCUAGCAUGUGCUGUUAAGGGUUACAAAUGCUUAAUUGUCAUGCCAGAUAAAAUGUCUAAUGAAAAGGUUUAUGCAUUACGCUCUUUGGGUGCUAAGAUCAUACGUACACCAAUAGAAGCAGCUUACGAUGCACCAGAAGGUUUAAUAUGCGUUGCACAACGUUUAGAAAAAGAAAUACCUAACUCAAUUGUUUUGGAUCAAUAUCGCAAUGCUAGUAAUCCAUUGGCACAUUAUGAUGGAACUGCUGCUGAAAUUCUUUGGCAGUUAGAUAAUAACGUCGAUAUGAUUAUUUGUACUGCCGGAACUGCCGGUACAAUCUCUGGUUUAGGGCGUAAAAUAAAGGAGGAAGCACCAAAUUGCAAAGUUGUUGGAGUUGAUCCUUAUGGAUCGAUUCUCGCUCGUCCCGAAUCGUUGAACAAAUCUGAUGUACAAUUCUAUGAAGUGGAGGGUAUUGGUUAUGAUUUCAUACCAACUGUCACCGAUCAUAGUGUUGUAGAUGUUUGGACAAAGGUAAGCGACAAAGACUGCUUUCCAAUGAGCAAACGCCUUAAUGCUGAAGAAGGUUUACUUUGCGGAGGUUCAAGCGGUGGAGCUAUGUUUGCAGCUCUUAAAUUUGCAAAAACAUUGGAAGCUGGGCAAAGAUGUGUGGUUAUAUUGCCUGAUGGUAUUAGAAAUUAUAUGACUAAAUUUGUCUCUGAUAAUUGGAUGGAAGCACGUGGAUUCAAAGAAGUUGUCAAUGAACAACAUCAUUGGUGGUGGGAUACAAAAUUGGAAGACCUAAAAUUCUCAAAACCUAUAACUAUUAAAUCAGAUACCACAGUUAGUGAAGCAGUGGAAAUAUUAAAGAAACACCAACUAAAUCAAGUUGUAGUACUUAGUGCAGAGAAUGAUUCUAUAAUGGGUGUUGUUGGUCAAGAAACAUUAAUAAAUCAAAUUGUAAGCAUGUCACGAAAACCAACUGAUCCCGCUAUCAAAGCACUAAAUAAGAGACCCAUUCGCCUUACUUCAUCAGACAUUUUAGGAAAACUAGCUCGUGUAGUAGAAGUUGAUCCAUGUGUACUUAUUGUUGAUAAAGAAGGUGACAAGGAAGUGCUCAAAGGCUUAGCAACAAAGCUGGACGUAAUGUCUUUCAUCACGAAAUCAAAUUCUCAGAAAAAUGGUGAUGAAGAUACACUGAAAGGCAUAGCCUCAAAUUUAGAAGGGGUGUCUAUUACUGAUGCUCAAAAAAAUGGAAGUUCUUAAAAGAAUAUAAUACUUAAUACUUAAUAAGAUUUUAUACCAAGAUUGCAUGUUUUUACACAUAAUCAUUUGUCUUUUUGAUACAAUAAAUUUUAUUCAUUUUCUAAACAUUAA